GUUUGAAUGGAACACCGAGCUCUUUGUACGAGGAGGCGGGACUGAGAUUGCUGCAGCCCCGGGAAUGAAAGCGCUGGCGUAGAGCUGAACAUGGAGUGUGAUAUUCUGGACGCGCUGGAAGCUUUAGGAUAUAAAGGCCCUCUUCUGGAUGAGGAUGCUCUUAAUAAAGCAGCAGAAUGUGGACUGGCUUCCCAAGAUUUCUGUGAGCUUUGUGUUUGGUUAAGCUCCAGAAUACAGCCGUUGUGUAACCUGGAAGAAAGCAUCUCCUCAACAGCUGGUGGUGAAGAUGUUGAAAGUUUACAGCUUGAGAUGAGUGGCUUUUUAAAAGAACUGGCUUGUCCAUAUUCCACACUUAUAUCUGGAGAAAUUAAAGACCGAUUAAAAAAGAAAGAAGAUUGUCUUAAAGUCCUGUUAUUUUUAAGCACAGAACUUCAGGCUUUGCAGAUACUACAGUUUAAACAAUGUAAAGGUUCUUGUUUGGCAAAGAAUGAUGAAGUCCAUCAAGAAAUCCAGAUGAUCUGUGAUGUUUUAGGGGUACCAAAGUCAUCAGCAUCUUCUGACUUUUACCCUCUCCCUGUCUUAUUAAACAAUAUCGAGUCAAAGCUCAAAGAUGUUUUGUCAAAAAUUCCAAAUGCAUACAUGGAGAAACCUCUGCUAAAAACUCCUUUGAAUACAAACCAAAUGAAGCAGCUGGAAAAAAUAAACGAGGCUCUUCUCACUGAAUAUGAAUGCCGCAGGCGGAUGUUAAUGAAGCGUUUAGAUGUAACUGUACAGUCCUUUGGGUGGUCUGAUAGGGCUAAGGUGAAAACAGACGAUAUUGCAAGGAUUUACCAACCCAAACGUUACGGACUCACUUUUAAAUCAACAAUUUCAAUAGCUCAUCUUCUAGCUGCUCGUGAAGAUUUGUCAAAGAUAAUAAGAACAAGCAGUGGAUCUACACGGGAAAAGACUGUUUGCGCAAUCAAUAAGGUCUUGAUGGGAAGAGUACCAGAUCGUGGCGGCAGACCAACAGAAAUUGAUCCACCACCUCCUGAAAUGCCCCCAUGGCAGAAGAGACAGGAUAGUGGUGGUAGAGGAGGCAGGGGAGGUUGGGGAGGAGAUGGUAGAGGAGGAAGAGGUGGAGGAAAUAGAGGAAGUGGUGGGUGGGGUGGAGAGGGUGGAUGGGGUGGGAGUGGUAGAGGAGGGGGUAGUGGUGGCUGGAGGGGAGGGGGUGGAUUUCAAGGGAGGGGUGAUUAUAGUGGGAGAGGAGGAUAUGGGGAGUCAUUUGGUAGAAGGGGAGGUGGCUACAGGAGAUAUUAACAUCUUUAAUAAUGUUGACUGACAUGCACAUACCUUGAAAGUAGGGACUCAGAAUACAUUAUAGCUGAUUGGCAGCAUGAUGCUUGAACUGCAUUGAUCAUCCUUACUGAUGAAUUACUGUUGUUCCAUUCAUUCAAAACCACCUUAUACAAAAUUAAUUUUCACUACAGACAUGACUUCUAUUCACGCAAGUGUACGUACCUGCGCAAUUGUCAUUAGUGGGGAUAUAUACAUGAAUGGAAGCAAUGACUGAUGGAAAAUCUUUGUGUUGCAAAUAUGCAACAAAAUAGUUAAGUACAAGCUUUUCACAUUUGAUGCUAAACAUAGAGAGUAUGUGGUAUUUUCUGUACAGAACCAAUGUCUCUCUAAAAAGUGUGUGUGAAGUGUCUCUGAUUAUUUUAGUUCAGUUUUUUAGUUUGUUUGUUUUACAUUAUUGCUCUUCUGGAUUUUUAAUAAGUCUGCUGAAAGAGACAUGGCCCUGAAAUUGAAAAUUGUGCAUUUACCUCGUCCAGCCCUUCUGUUGGGAAAAUUCCAAGCAUACAAAGAGGAAGCAUUGGAUUUAGCUUAGUAAAGGUACGCAAGGCACCUUCAAUCAACAUAGCCUACUAGGAGAUGCAGUCAGUCAAUACUGGUUUUCUGAUGGGAAUGAUCAGGAGAUAAUAUUAUGGUGGGUGCCUGAAGGCACACAGAAUAUUUAAACAGCAGUUUCAUAGGAUGUAUUCUCUUUCCCAUCUCUACCUGGAUUUUUCCAAGAGAAAGGCCAGUGCAGGUUUGCUUGACCAAAAGUAUGUAUUUUCUGUAGUUCUUGAUUUGGCCAACUAAAAUUACAUUUGCCUGUUGAAGUAUACAGCUGAGCAGAAAGAGAAAUCUUUUGACUAAGCUGAUUAAUGGAGUGAGUAUUCAGUUCAAUUGUUCCUGAUCUCAGUUGACUGCCAUCUCUCUUACAGUUCUGCCUCUUAGGUUGUUCUUUAGGUCUCAGGUUCAGAUUAUGUAUGCUAAGGUAUUAUUCAAGCAGUUAUAUAGUAUAGAGGGUUUUGUUUUAACUGAUCAAAAAUGAAAAGCAAAACAUAUUCUUCUCCUGAGCCAAAAGUGAAGAGAGACUGAUUAUUUUUAACCUGUUAAAAAUAUAAUUGUUUAACAUUUCCUGACCUUCCCAAAUCAGAAAACCUUUCAAACUAAGUUAAGGAUUCACAAUUACUGGUAAUUGUAUACCUGUAGUUUUGACAACCUCUAACAAUGCAAUAAACAUUCAAUACGUUUUAUAUGUUUAAAUCUGAAUAGUGUAUUUUGUAGAACUUGAAGUUCUUAUAUAAAUAGUUUGUAUUAACAGUUAUCCAAUUUUGUGUUUCUGUUCAUAUAAAUGGAGCAUCUUUUGAAAAAAAAAUUACCUUUUAAUGGCUAUCUAGAGAAUGGUUUAAGUAAUAGAUUGUUUACAGUUGUGAACACUGAGAAAUAAAAUAUGGUAAAGUUA